AUGGCCAUUAGCUACGGUUGUAUCUACUUUGCGAGUGAUGCAGUGAGUGAUGCAGUAUCGGCACAGAUCACUAGCGACAUGUCAGCUGGAUUGAGAAAGCAAGUUAAGGUGAAAUUCACUAUAAAUCCCGUAGUCGACAUCCAGUUUUGGAAAGAGGAGCCUGCCCACAUGGAUAGCUCCCAAGGACCUUGGUCAAACCCAAAAGUCUACGCGUGA